CAUUGAUAGGUGGCACUGACUGGCACUGAUAGGUGACACUGAAAGGCAGCUCAGAUGAGCACUGAUAUGUGGCAUUGAUGUGCACUGGUAGGCACUGAUAUGUGGCAUUGAUGUGGCACUGAUGGGCACUGGCAGGUGGCACUGAUGAGCACUGACAGCUGGCAUUGAUGGACACUGACAGGUGGCACUGCUGGGGCUACACUUAUCAUCAGGGCACACUGAUCAUCAGUGCCCUGAUGAUCACUGUCAGCGUGACAGCUCGUGAGGAGAGAAAUGCUGAUAACCGGCAUUUCCAUAUUUACAUGAGAUCAGCUGUG